GGGCGUGGCGCGCCGCACAGGUCUGCUCUGGAGAAGGAGCUGAGACGCAGUGGAGAUAAGAGCGCAGUGAUGUGUGGAAUCUUUGCCUACCUGAAUUACCACGUCCCGCGCACUCGCAGGGAGAUCUUGGAGGUCUUGCUGAAGGGGCUUCGGCGACUGGAGUACCGCGGGUAUGAUUCCGCAGGUGUGGGGAUCGAUGGAGGGAACAGCAAGGACUGGCAGAAGAACGGCAAGUCGAUCCAGCUGAUCAAAAAACAGGGCAAAGUCAAGGCGCUGGACGAGGAGAUCAACAAGCAGCAGGACUUGGAUAUGGACGUGGAGUUCGAUAUUCACCUGGGGAUCGCCCACACUCGCUGGGCCACUCACGGGGAGCCAAACCCUGUCAACUGCCACCCGCAACGCUCCGACAAAAACAACGAAUUCAUUGUGAUCCACAAUGGGAUCAUUACCAACUAUAAAGACCUGAGACAGUUUCUGGAGAGCAAAGGCUAUGAGUUUGAGUCCGAGACCGACACAGAGACCAUCGCCAAGCUGGUCAAGUACAUGUACGACAAUCGAGAGAGCGAUGACAUCAGCUUCAUCACGCUGGUGGAGAGAGUGACUCAGCAGCUGGAGGGAGCUUUCGCCCUGGUGUUUAAAAGCAUCCAUUUCCCAGGAGAGGCUGUGGGAACCAGGAGAGGGGGCCCCCUGCUGAUUGGAGUGCAUAGUGCACACAAGCUGUCUACAGACCACAUCCCCAUCCUCUAUCGUACAGCAGGGAAAGACAAGAAGGGCUGCAGCGCCCUGCCCCGAGUGGACAGCACCACCUGCCUCUUCCCCAUCGACGAGAAGGGCGUGGAGUAUUACUUUGCCUCGGAUGCCAGCGCUGUGAUUGAGCACACAAACCAAGUGAUCUUCCUGGAGGAUGAUGACGUGGCCGCUGUGUCAGAGGGGCGUCUCUCCAUCCACCGGAUCAAACGCAUCUUGGGGGAUCACCCGGCACGAGCCAUCCAGACCCUGCAGCUAGAGCUGCAGCAGAUCAUGAAGGGUAAUUUCAGCUCCUUCAUGCAGAAGGAAAUCUUCGAGCAGCCAGAGUCCGUGGUGAACACUAUGAGGGGACGAGUCAACUUCGACGAAAACACAGUGAUCCUGGGCGGGCUGAAGGAUCACAUCAAAGAGAUCCAGCGUUGUCGACGCCUCAUCCUCAUCGCCUGUGGAACCAGCUACCACGCAGGAGUGGCGACACGGCAGGUGCUGGAGGAGCUGACAGAGCUCCCUGUGAUGGUGGAGCUGGCCAGUGACUUCAUGGACAGGAACACGCCCGUCUUCAGGGACGAUGUGUGCUUCUUCAUCAGUCAAUCGGGCGAGACGGCAGACAGCCUCAUGGCUCUGCGGUACUGUAAGGAGAGAGGCGCGCUCACUGUUGGGGUCACCAACACGGUGGGCAGCUCCAUCUCCAGGGAGACGGACUGCGGGGUGCACAUCAACGCCGGCCCGGAGAUCGGGGUCGCCAGCACCAAGGCCUACACCAGCCAGUUUGUGUCACUCAUCAUGUUUGCCCUGCUGAUGUGUGACGACAGGAUCUCAAUGCAGGCCCGCCGGCGAGAGAUCAUCCAGGGGCUCCGAGUCCUGCCAGACCUGAUCAAGGAGGUGCUUGCGCUGGAUGAUGAGAUUCAGAAGCUGGCGAUGGAGCUCUACCAGCAGAAGUCUGUCCUCAUCAUGGGCCGCGGCUACCACUACGCAACCUGCCUGGAGGGGGCGCUGAAAAUCAAGGAGAUCACCUACAUGCACUCAGAGGGGAUCCUGGCUGGGGAGCUGAAGCACGGACCUCUGGCCCUCGUGGACAAGCUGAUGCCAGUUAUCAUGAUAAUCAUGAGGGACAACACCUACACCAAAUGCCAGAACGCACUGCAGCAGGUGGCGGCUCGACAGGGCCGCCCCAUUGUGAUCUGUGACAAGGACGACUAUGAGACGAUCAAGAGCUCGACCCGGACAAUCAAGGUGCCGCACUGCGUGGACUGUCUGCAGGGCGUCCUGAGUGUGAUCCCCCUGCAGCUGCUGUCCUUCCACCUGGCUGUGCUGCGGGGCUUCGACGUUGACUGCCCAAGAAACCUGGCCAAGUCUGUGACUGUGGAGUGAAGCCCACGGUACCUGGAAACCAGACUGGAAUACAUCGUUAACGAAAAAAAAAAAAAGAUAUUUAGAUCCGUUUUCGUGUUUUUUUUUUUUAUAUAUAUGUUUAUUGUACCCCGGCAAUUUUUAGUGCGACUCGUUUGAAAUCGUUAGACACUCUGUACUUGCGUGUGCAAU